UUCGGCGAGCUUGUGUCUGCUGCUGGUGCUGUUGUCGCUGCGGGCGUGCAGCUCUCUGCGGCCCGCCGAGCGGCCUUUGCGGCUCCCGGGUGCGGAGCGAGGUUCUCUGUCCUCCCGAGAUGUCUGGCCGAGGCAAAUCGGGAGGCAAAGUCCGGGCCAAGGCCAAGUCGCGCUCGUCCCGCGCUGGGCUGCAGUUCCCCGUGGGCCGCGUCCACCGUCUCCUGCGCAAGGGCAACUACGCAGAGCGCGUGGGGGCCGGCGCGCCGGUCUACCUGGCGGCGGUGCUGGAGUACCUAUCGGCCGAGAUCCUGGAGCUGGCGGGCAACGCGGCCCGCGACAACAAGAAGACGCGCAUCAUUCCGAGGCACCUGCAGCUGGCUAUCCGCAACGACGAGGAGCUCAACAAGCUGCUGGGCGGCGUGACCAUCGCCCAGGGCGGUGUCCUGCCCAACAUCCAGGCCGUGCUGCUGCCCAAGAAGACCCAGAGCUCCAAGAAGUGAGGCGAGGCCCUCGGGGAGACGCAGCUGGGGGGUGGGAGCCCAGCACCCCAGGGACCUGCGCUCGGAGCUGCCUGCAUCCAUUUGGCUCUUGGGCCCGGGUGGGAGGAGCGGGCUAGGCUCGCCCCUACCGUAGGGGCAGCCGGGGUGGGCUGUGGUUUGAAGCCCUGAGUCUAGACGGCUGGGCUGUGUUCUCCGGUGGGCCCCUAGGAAGCGCCCCCAGACCCAUAGCUAAGGGCUGCGGUGCCAAGAUGUCUACCUCUUCUCCCCUGGGGUGUGGAUGUCCCCUUCCCCUGUGGGUGAGCUCGAUCCGGAGCUGACCCACGAUGUGCACAGGAGGGGACCGGUUGGAACUGAACUGGACGGGACGGGACGGGACGGGAGAAGUAACCCUCCCCUACACUAUUUUUUUUUCUAUUAAAAAAACAACCCUGCUCUUUGGGAGCUCCCUAUGUUUAUUUCCCGUUGGUGGGCAGAAUCUGUGUUUAUUUAUUUAUUUCACUUGUACGGGCGGGGUCACUUUAAUAGGGCGUGGGGGUGGCAGUGGUGGUGUGUGCUCUGACUUUGUCCUUUUGGUUCCUAAAAUAAACAACUCCACGGUGGCGUCACCAUUACCAUCCCUUCCCCGGUGGUUUGCUUUGCUGUUUCCUUUCUAGAAGCCGUGGGUCAGGCCAGGGAAGGUCCUGGAGGGGAGGGGUGAAGGGCUCCCUGGGCUUUGGGGGUACUGGGAUGGAUGGUCGUGCUUGGGAGAAGGCGAAUGUGAAGAGCUGAGCAGGUCAGGCCAGGGCUCAGGAAACGGGUCUUUUCUAUUCUUUCUCCCUCUCCCUGCCUCUUAUAUAGUCCAGGGUUGGGGUGAGGAGCCAUAGAGAGACACAGGUCCAGGUCAUAGAGAGGUCAGGCAUCCCAGUGGCUUGGAAGGGAAAUAAAUACUUUGGAGAGAAACAGGACUUGCUGGUCGGGGCCCCAGCCUUGCUCCUGUGCCUCCCACAGCCCUCCAAGCUUUGAAUUCCAGGGCUGGAAGGGACCUUAGGCAAGCAAAGUCAUGACAAGGAGCUUUGGCUAAAGAGUCCUAUUUGAAUCUGGCCCUGCUGCUGCUGGGCCUUCUCUCCCUGGACCAAAAAUUCCUCCUCAGCAGAAUGAAAGACUGUAUGAUCUCUGUCACUUCUUGUUCUGAGCCGAGUACUAGCCCAUGCCCUUUAUUUUACGUAGGAAGAAACUGGGGCCCAGAGAAAAGAAGGGAUUCGGUAUUGGGACAGUUAGCCCAGUUUUGACACUGAUGGGAAGAAAUGAAGAAAGUUAUUUUCCCCAGGAGUGGCAAACUAGGUCAAGAAGGGUUUAGAUGACGGGUAAAUGGAGUGAUCCCCAGAGCAAAUUUAGGCAAGAAGUCAAGAUAUUGGCAUGGCACAGUGGGUAGAGCCUCAGACGCUUACCAGCUGUUUGACCCUGGGCAAGUCCCUUAACCUCUGUUAGCCUCAGUUUUCUCAUUUGUAAAACAGAGAUAAUAAGAGCUCUGACCUUCUCUUCUUGGCCUGCCCAUCCCGAGUUCCAGCCCCCUGCAGAACCAGGGCCUGUUAACCACUCUUUUAAAAAAAAACUUUAAAAAAACUAAACAAACAAAAAACUGCUUAUCAAAGGUCCUUCAGGAAGAUUCUCUGGAAUAAUGCUGUUCUAGUUGAAAUUCAAUAGAUAUUAAGCACAUUCGACCAGAGCCAUACAAUGUUUAGAAAAGAGGCAGAUUCCUAUUUUUUGUGGUGCUUAGAGUCAAUAAUAGGGCUAAGACAACAUGAAACUAUGUCAGGUAAAAGUGGGGAAAGGUCUUCAGGGAUGGCUUCCUGGAGGAGGUGGCAUUGGAAUCAGGCUUUCAAGCAGGGGUUCUUCAUUUGGCAUCCAGAAACUUGGUUUUUAGGUGGUCUUUUUUUAAAUAACAUAAUGUAAUGUUUUCUUUGUGAAUCCUACUUAUUUAUUUUAUGCAUUUAAGAGCUUUAUUCUGAGAAGAGGUCCAUGACAGAGGUGAGGAACCUCUGCUUUAAAGGAGAAAUAGGUACUCAGAUGAAGUAUUGGGAGGAAGGCAAGGAGACCCGAAGUGCUGAGGAGGAGGAGGAGAGGUAGUAACAUUUAACUGGACUCUCCAGUGUGUUUUUUCUCUCUUUAUGCUCCCCUUUCCUGGUACAGCGCCUUAGCCAAUUCUUAACGAGUGUUUGUUGAAUGGAAGGAUGAAAGUCUAUAAAACCUGAAAUGUUCAUGAGAAGUGGAAGGCAGCUGUAGAAACCAGUUGGUUGCUUAGGGAGCUCUCUAAAGAGCUCAUUUUAGGACAUGAAGGAAUGUAAACAGGGAUAGAUAUUUUUUAGAAUGGCAUAUGAGAGUAGUAUCCAGAAGGCUAAAGCCAGAAAUCCAGUUGAACAAAUAUUCAUUAAAUGCCUACUGUGUGCCAUAAUGCACUGAGGAUGCAAAAACCCAAAGUCAACAGCCUGUGUCUUCACGAAAUGGGGAUCCGGGGAUGUGGGACAGGAGGCAACCUGUACACAGAUAUGUUCAUGCAAAAUAUGUAGUAAGUUUUGGAAUGUUAAGGACAACAGAGGUUCUCCUGGCUUUGUUGACGCAAGAAGAGGAACAGGCCCAUUUGCUUGGGACAGAUGGUGUAAUGUUUGCUGGAUAAGUGAACAUGGGAAGAGAGAAAACAGACCUACUUAACUUCUAUUCUUCUUCUGGCUCCCCCAGAGAAGAGAAUGAUUUUUCAGCUGAAAAGGGUAGAACGUGGUUUGUGCUGGUAGAACAUAACCUCUCUUAAGGCAAAGAGUCUUCAUUUUCAUCU